AUGAGGAGUCUUCUUAUUGAUCAUAAUCAUCGACAUUGUCUUCCUGGUGGUAUCCAGCUAACUCUUGAAACCUUCAGACAAACAUACUGGAUUCUACGUGGUCGAUCAGUAGUGAAGGCUUUUCUUCAUCGAUGUUUACCAUGCCUACAUCGAGCCGUAAAGCCUCAACAAUUGAUGGCAGACCUCCCAGCAAUUCGCUCUACACCAUUUCGACCAUUUCUACAUACUGGCGUCGAUUAUGCUGGACCCGUUUACUUGCGAACAACUAAGGGUCGUGGUUAUCGAUCAUAUAAAUGCUCUAUCGCAGUCUUCGUUUGCUGCUCUACUCAAGCUAUUCACUUAGAAGCCGUGUCGGACUAUAAGGCUGAUGUCUUUCUUGCUGACAACUACAGAUUUAUUACUCGACGUGGAAUUUGUGCCACCUUGACAAGCGAUCAAGGUACAAACUUCGUUCGAGCAGACGUCAAGCUUAGAGCGAUGUUUUUAGCAGCUUCAAAGGAGUCAACCGUUUUAGCUUCCUGUCAUGCUUCGCAUGAUACGGAGAGGCUAUUCAAUCCACCAGGUGCACCGCACUUUGGGGGAAUUUGA